AUGGCUUCUGUAUCCCCAGAAGAAUCUAAGGCCACAACGAACUCUCCGAUUGAUGAAAUGUUUGAUCUAGACAUAGCUUUGACAAUGGAGGACAAUUCAAGUAUUCAUCAUGAGAAGAUCAAAGUCCCAAAGUCAAACUCCUUACCAUCUCAUGAUAUGCCUACGGUUAGUGCACCUGGAGUUUGUACAAUCUGCAUGGAAGGGUUUGAAUCAGGUAAACAAGUCCCAUGUGGCCAUCUCUUCCAUCCAACUUGUAUUGCCAACUGGGUCUCUCUCCCCACCUCCUGUCCUCUCUGCCGCUUCAAUGUCUCCGGUGACCGGAAUAUUUCCUCGGCGGUUUCUCUCUCUAGGUAG